AUGCCCCUGCUCAAAGAUCUCCACUCGUCCAGAGCAGGAGCCAUUCCCUCCAUUAACCAGGCGGACCUCCCCCUUCAUCCCACUUCCGUCAUACCCUGGUGUGGUGGUUGGGGCUUCUGUGGUUGUGGUUUGGGCAGCUGUGGUUGUGGUUGGGGCAUCUGUGGUUGUGGUUUGGGCAGCUGUGGUUGUGGUUGGGGCAUCUGUGGUUGUGUUGGAGCAGCUGUGGUUGUAGUUGGAGCUUCUGUGGUUGUGGUGGGGGCAGCUGUGGUUGUAGUUGGGGCUUCUGUUGUUGUAGUUGGGGCUUCUGUGGUUGUGGUUGUAGUUGGGGCUUCUGUGGUUGUGGUUGGGGCAGCUGUGGUUGUAGUUGGGACUUCUGUGGUUGUGGUUGUAGUUGGGGCUUCUGUGGUUGUGGUUGGGGCAGCUGUGGUUGUAGUUGGGACUUCUGUGGUUGUGGUUGUAGUUGGGGCUUCUGUGGUUGUGGUGGGGGCAGCUGUGGUUGUAGUUGGGGCUUCUGUGGUUGUAGUUGGGGCAGCUGCGGUUGUUGUGGGGGGUUCUGUUGUUGUGGUUGGGGCAGCAGUAGUUGUAGUUGGGGCAGCUGUGGUUGUUGUGGGGGCAGCUGUGGUUGUUGUGGGGGCAGCUGUGGUUGUGGUUGGGGCUUCUGUUGUUGUGGUGGGGGCAGUUGUGGUUGUGGUUGGGGCAAUGGUUGUAGUAGUUUGA